UUAACUUCUCUACACAACUUACCAUCGCUCUCUCUGCCUAAGCUUUACUACCAGAACCAAAGAGGAGUUGGAGAGAGAGAGACACACACACACAUAGAUAAAGAAAGAGAGACCUUCUCAAGAUUUUCUUGGAGAGAACCAGAAAUUGCAUAGCAAAAUACAACCUUCAAGAAUCCAACCAACCCCGUCUUCCUCUCCCCCUCUCCUCUUUAAUUCCUGUGUCUAGAUAACUAAGAGAUUUCAGCUUCAUCUCUUCUUCAAGUCAUUCAACCAGAACUGAUUCAAAAAAAUGCAAAAAAUGGAAGGUAUAGAUAAAGGAAUUAGAGCAUCCAGUACUAGGAGAGCAAGCCACAACAUGACAAGAAGCUUUAGCAGGAGCAUUAGCAAGAGCAUGGAAGAAGUAUUUUCAGGUGGAAGGCAAUCAAGGAGAAGUACUCGCCAUGCUGAGGAAGAUGAAGAAGCUCUCAAAUGGGCUGCUAUAGAGAAGUUACCAACUUAUGAUAGAUUAAGAACAACUAUCAUGCAAUCUUUUGUUGACCAUGAUGUUCAAGGAACCAAAAUGAUUCAUAAAGAAGUUGAUGUCAGCAAGCUCGAUGUGAAUGAUAGGCAAAAGUUCAUUGACAUGAUUUUUAAGGUUGCAGAGGAAGAUAAUGACAAGUUCUUGAAAAAAUUUAGGCAGAGAAUUGACAAGGUUGGAAUUACACUUCCAACAGUGGAAGUCAGGUUUGAGCAUUUAACUGUCGAAGCAGAUUGCCAUAUUGGCAGCAGGGCUCUUCCUACUCUUCCAAAUGCUGCUAGAAACAUUGCAGAAUCUGCAAUUGGACUGCUUGGGAUUAAUUUGGCUAAAAGAACAAAGCUCACAAUUCUUAAAGAUGCUUCUGGCAUCCUAAAACCAUCAAGGAUGACUCUAUUAUUAGGUCCACCAUCUUCUGGGAAAACAACCCUUUUGCUAGCAUUGGCCGGAAAGUUGGACCCAAGUCUCAAGGUUAGUGGAGACAUAACAUAUAAUGGGUACAAGCUCAAUGAAUUUGUGCCAAGAAAGACAUCUGCUUAUAUUAGCCAAAACGAUGUUCAUGUCGGAGUUAUGACAGUUAAAGAAACCUUAGAUUUCUCUGCAAGAUGUCAAGGAGUUGGAACUCGAUAUGAUCUCUUGAGUGAGCUUGCAAGAAGAGAAAAGGAAGCUGGAAUAUUUCCAGAGGCGGAAGUUGACCUUUUCAUGAAGGCAACUGCAAUGAAAGGAGCAGAAAGCAACCUUUUUACCGACUACACUCUCAAACUAUUAGGGCUUGAUAUCUGCAAAGACACCAUUGUAGGAGAUGAAAUGCUUAGAGGGAUCUCUGGCGGUCAGAAGAAAAGGGUAACAACAGGAGAGAUGAUUGUUGGCCCCACAAAAACAUUAUUCAUGGAUGAGAUAUCAACGGGUCUUGAUAGCUCCACAACAUAUCAAAUAGUGAAGUGCAUGCAUCAGAUUGUUCACCUAACUGAGGCUACAGUGUUGAUGUCCCUACUCCAACCUGCCCCUGAAACGUUUGAUCUUUUUGAUGAUGUGAUUCUCUUAUCAGAAGGUCGUAUUGUCUAUCAGGGCCCACGAGAACAUAUUCUUGAAUUCUUUGAGAGCUGUGGAUUCUGUUGUCCAGAAAGAAAGGGAACUGCUGAUUUCUUGCAAGAGGUUACAUCAAAGAAAGACCAGGAGCAAUAUUGGGCAGUCAAAAAUAGACCAUACAAAUACAUAUCAGUUCCUGAAUUUGCAGAAAAAUUCAAGAGAUUCCAUGUAGGAAUGCAACUAGACAAUGAGCUAUCAGUGCCAUUUGACAAGUCUCAAGGCCAUAAAGCAGCUCUAGCAUUCUCAAAAUAUUCUGUUCCAAAAAUGGAACUACUAAGGGCAUGCUGGGACAAAGAAUGGCUAUUGAUCAAAAGAAAUUCUGUGGUUUUUGUCUCCAAGACAGUCCAAAUUAUAAUUGUUGCAAUUAUAGCAUCAACAGUAUUUAUAAAACCAAGAAUGCACUCAAGAAACGAAGAAGAUGGAGCAAUAUAUAUUGGUGCACUUUUGUUUACUAUGAUCAUUAACAUGUUUAAUGGUUUUGCCGAGCUUUCUUUGAUGAUUUCAAGACUUCCAGUAUUUUACAAGCAAAGAGACCUUCUUUUCCAUCCAGCUUGGACUUUCACUCUCCCAACUUUCCUGCUUACUCUGCCUAUGUCAAUAAUAGAAUCUGUGGUUUGGGUCUGCAUUACAUAUUAUUCAAUAGGACUUGCUCCUCAAGCUGCCAGGUUUUUCAAGCAUCUGCUACUGGUAUUUCUGACUCAGCAAAUGGCUGCUGGGAUAUUUAGAUUGAUUGCAGGAGUUUGUAGGACUAUGAUUAUUGCGAAUACGGGUGGAGUGCUUAUUCUACUUCUAAUCUUCUUGCUUGGAGGUUUUAUUAUACCAAAAGGUCAAAUUCCAAACUGGUGGGAGUGGGCUUACUGGCUGUCUCCUAUGAGUUAUGGUUACAAUGCAUUUGCUGUUAAUGAAAUGUAUGCUCCAAGGUGGAUGAACAAAACGGCUUCGGACGGUUCUACAAGUUUAGGCAUUGCAGUGCUCAAAAGCUUCGAUGUUUUCCAAAACAAGAAUUGGUAUUGGAUUGGUGCGGGUGCCCUUUUUGGAUUUGCAAUUCUUUUCAAUGUUCUUUUCACCUUUGCUCUUAUGUACAUGAAUGCUCCUGGAAAGAAACAAGCAAUAAUAUCUGAGGAAUCAGCAAAGGAAAUGGAAGAAGAAGAAGACUCAAACGGUCAACCAAGAUUGAGAAUGACAACAUCAAAAAGAGACUCGUUCCCUCGCUCAUUAUCUUCUGCUGAUGGAAACAAUACAAGAGAAAUGGCAAUGCAUAGAAUGAGCAGCCGAUCCAACCCCAAUGGACUGAGCAGAAAUGCCGAUUCAUCUCUUGAGGCAGCUAAUGGUAUUGCUCCGAAGAGAGGGAUGGUUCUUCCUUUCACUCCACUAGCCAUGUCUUUUGACAGCGUGAACUAUUAUGUGGACAUGCCUGCUGAAAUGAAGCAACAAGGAGUUCCAGAAGACAGACUUCAACUUCUUCGCCAAGUAACAGGCGCAUUUAGGCCUGGAGUCCUAACAGCAUUAAUGGGAGUUAGUGGAGCUGGAAAAACAACAUUGAUGGAUGUUUUGGCAGGAAGAAAGACAGGUGGAUAUAUUGAAGGAGAUAUUAGAAUUUCAGGAUUCCCUAAAGAUCAAGAAACCUUUGCAAGAAUCUCAGGAUAUUGUGAACAGAAUGAUAUCCACUCACCUCAAGUCACUGUAAGAGAAUCUCUAAUCUACUCAGCAUUCCUUCGUCUUCCGAAAGAAGUUAGCAAAGAAGAAAAAAUGACUUUCGUAGAUGAAGUGAUGGAGUUAGUAGAGCUAGACAAUCUAAAAGAUGCUAUAGUUGGACUUCCAGGAGUCACAGGAUUGUCAACAGAACAGCGAAAAAGAUUGACAAUUGCUGUGGAACUUGUUGCUAAUCCUUCGAUCAUUUUCAUGGAUGAACCAACUUCUGGACUUGAUGCAAGAGCAGCAGCAAUUGUUAUGAGGACUGUAAGAAACACCGUGGAUACUGGAAGAACUGUUGUGUGCACAAUCCAUCAGCCCAGUAUCGACAUCUUUGAAGCUUUCGAUGAGUUGCUACUAAUGAAGAGAGGAGGACAAGUUAUAUACUCAGGACCAUUGGGUCGAAAUUCGCACAAGAUCGUUGAAUACUUUGAGGCUAUCCCUGGAGUUCCUAAAAUCAAAGAUAAGUACAAUCCAGCAACAUGGAUGCUAGAAGUGAGCUCUAUAGCAGCAGAAGUCAGGCUUGGAAUCGACUUUGCAGAAUACUACAAGUCAUCAUCUUUACACCAGAGAAAUAAGGCUUUAGUGAAGGAGUUGAGCACACCACCACCAGGAGCAAAAGACCUUUAUUUUGCAUCUCAAUAUUCUCAGUCUCCAUGGGGACAAUUCAAGUCUUGCCUAUGGAAGCAGUGGUGGACUUAUUGGAGAAGUCCUGAUUAUAACCUUGUUAGAUACGGUUUCACCUUAGCUGCUGCACUUAUGGUUGGGUCAAUUUUCUGGAAAGUUGGCACUAAAAAGGAUACCACAACUGACCUGAGUAUGAUCAUUGGGGCUAUGUAUGCUGCUGUGUUGUUUAUUGGCAUUAACAACUGCUCGACUGUACAACCAAUAAUAUCAGUUGAAAGGACUGUCUUUUAUCGUGAAAGAGCAGCCGGAAUGUACUCUGCAUUACCUUACGCUCUGGCACAGGUCAUUUGUGAAAUACCUUAUGUGUUCAUUCAAACAACAUAUUAUACUCUAAUUGUGUAUGCUAUGGUAGCCUUCGAAUGGACAGCAGCAAAAUUCUUCUGGUUCUUCUUCAUCUCCUUCUUCUCCUUCCUCUACUUCACUUAUUAUGGAAUGAUGACUGUUUCCGUGACGCCAAAUCUCCAAGUAGCAUCCAUAUUUGCAGCAACAUUUUAUGCACUCUUCAAUCUUUUCUCAGGCUUCUUCAUCCCACGACCGAGAAUUCCCAAAUGGUGGAUUUGGUACUAUUGGAUUUGCCCAGUGGCAUGGACAGUGUAUGGACUUAUUGUGUCACAAUACAGAGAUAAUGAAGACACUAUUCAAGUUCCUGGGUUACUUCAAGGUCCUUCAAUUAAGGCAUAUAUAGAAGAUCAUUAUGGGUAUGAUCCAAACUUCAUGGGACCAGUUGCUGCUGUAUUGGUUGGUUUCACAGUCUUCUUUGCAUUUGUGUAUGCUUAUGCCAUAAGGACUCUAAACUUCCAAACAAGAUAGAGAUAUUAAUCACUAUAUAUAAAGUUUUUCUAGAAGUAAAUUUGUAGAUAUAAAUAUAUAGAAAGAUAGAGUACUGAUAGAGGACAAGAAGCCAUCAGAACUGGUGGUUAUUGUGUAAUAAUUGUAUUGAUUUUAUAGGAUUAUAUAUAUAUUCUGGAUUUUGUAUUAUGAUUUAUUUUUAAUUAGUAAAGAUAAUGAUUAAAACAUUCAAGCAACAAGCUUGGAUAGGUGUAUUUUGUAAAUGUCAAGGAUAUCUGUAUUCCAUAAAUUACUUCAAUGAAAUUCAUUUGUGUGCAACAA